AUGGCAGAAGCUGGCCUCCUUCCAAGAACCCAUCCCCACACGAAGUCCUCAUCAAAAUCAAAAGCGUCGCCCUCAACUUCCGCGACAUCGCAUCUCCACCAGCCAGUAUCCCUUUCCCGUGAAGGACAGGUCGUUCCCGGCUCCGACGCAGUUGCUCUGAAGCCGGGUCAGACUAUUCUUUUCCAGGGAACCGGCGGCGUCUCCAUCAACAGCCUCGUCCUCGCCAAAGCAGCCGGCGCCCGAACAAUCGUCACAUCCUCCGACAGCAAGCUCGAAUACGUCAAGUCCAAAUACGGCGUCGACCACAUCAUCAACUACAAACGCACCCCUGACUGGGCCGCCGAAGCAAACCGCCUCACAUCCGGGCUCGGCGUAGACUACAUCCUCGAAAACGGCGGCUCAGGAACCAUCAAGCAGUCCCUGUCUGCGAUUGCGUACGGCGGUGUCAUUUCCGUCAUCGGCUUCCUCUCGUCUGCGACUCAGAAGAAAAUGCCCGAUGUGGCGGGUCUGGCGCUGAGUACGGGGGCUGUUGUGCGGGGGAUUAUGAUCAGGUCGAAGCAGAUGCUGAAGAAUGUGGUGCGGUUUAUUGGGGUGAGGGAGUUGGAUGUUCCUGUUGAGAAGAGUUUCAGGUUUGAGAGGGAUGAGGUUGUCAAGGCGUUUGAUUAUUGGCUGGUGGGGGCAUGUUGGGAAGGGUUGCAUUGA